AUGGAUGUGUACAUUGGACCAAUUGACAAACUUAAAAUAGUUCUAAAAUUCAUAGCUCAUCGAUAUCAUUAUUACAAUAAAGCCACAAAUCAUUUUGUUACCACAAAAACCUCUGGCGGUUCGAUUAGAGGCCGUAAACGUAAAAACGUCUAUCGAGAAUAUGACAUCUACUACUCCUUUGAAGGUAUACCGUAUGCCAAACCUCCGCUGGGUGAGCUGAGAUUUCGAGCACCACAACCACCUGAGCCAUGGAAAAAUGUAAGGGACUGUCUACAUAUUAAAACGAAACCCAUGCAAUACGACUAUAUAACCAAAAUGAUAAUGGGUUCCGAGGAUUGUCUGUAUUUGAAUGUUUAUGUCAAAAAGUUUAAUACACCCAAACCACUACCCGUCAUGAUCUGGAUUUACGGUGGAGGAUUUAAUGUCGGUGAAGCUAGUUGGGAUUUAUAUGCUCCUGAUUAUUUUAUGCAAAAAGAUGUUGUUGUGGUAACAUUCAACUAUAGAUUGGGCAUUUUUGGAUUCGUUUGUUUCGAUGAUCCGGAUUUAAAUAUACCCGGUAAUGCUGGUCUUAAAGAUCAAGUAUUGGCUUUGAAAUGGGUUAAGGAGAAUAUUCACAACUUCAAUGGCGAUCCCAAUAAUAUUACCGUUUUUGGCGAAAGUGCUGGGGCUGCCUCAACACAAUUGAUGAUGUCUACACCCCAAACUAAGGGUCUCUUCCACAAAGCCAUCUUACAAUCUGGUUCGUUUUUGUGCCCCUGGUCAUUUACGGAUAAUCAUAAAUGGGCCCACAAAAUAGCCAGCCAAUUCGGGUAUCAUGGCGACAGUAGCGACAAAGAUAUUUAUAAAUUUUUGAAAACGAAAUCUUCAAAAAGUUUAACCAUUCACGAUUUAAAAUAUUUGAGCAAAGAUGAACAUAUGAGUCAUAUGCUUUUCCACUUUGCUCCAGUUGUCGAACCUUAUCACACGGAACAUUGUGUCGUCGAUAAACCAUUUAAGGAACUACUUUCUACUGCCUGGGGUAAUCACAUUCCACUUAUUGUGGGUGGAAAUUCUGCGGAGGGCCUUCUAUUUUACAAUGUCACAAAAUACAACAAAUACCUAAUGAAUGAUUUAAGUGAUUUAGUAAAUCUGUUACCAAACGAUGUACAACAGUCUCAAGAUCCAGAGAAACUCAAAGCGAUGGGUCAACAACUACAAAAAUUGUAUUUCAAUGGCAAACAACCAAAUUUUAACGAUAAUUUUUCACAAUACCUCGAACUCAAGGGCCAUGUAGCAUUUUGGCAUCCGAUUUUAAGAACCAUACAAGCUCGCCAACACUACGCACCCAACAGUCCAGUAUUUUGUUAUUAUUUCGAUUUCGAUUCAAUAUUUUUUAAUCACUUUCGUCGUCUGAGUUGUGGUAAUUCAGUUCGUGGGGUGUGUCAUGCCGAUGAUGUUCUGUAUUUAUUCUACACUGUCUUGUCGGAUGGCCUUAAUCGAAAUAGCGAAGAAUACAAAUGUAUUCAACGUCUGAUCGGUAUGUGGUAUAAUUUUGCCUUGACCUCAGAUCCUAAUUGUAAUGAAAUUGAACCGGUUAUAUGGAAACCAGUUACCGCAGAUAACAGCGCACCGAUUAAAAGUCUCAUCAUAAACAAAAAACUGGACUAUGACACUUUGCCAGCGCAUGAAAAAAUAAGAAAGUGGAAUGAUUUUUACACACCAGGCAAUUUAUUUUAA